UUGCGAUUAGUAGUGACGCGAAGAGGAUUUGUCGGUGACAGUACUAGUGAUACACUAAAAUUCAAGACGAUAGGAACGUCGAUAACAAGACAAUAAAAACGAGAACAAUUUAUCAUUUAUUUGAAUACUCUCAUCAUGAAAAAUUCUUAGUUUUUUGAUUUAAUGGUGAUAUACUGGAAGCUAGACUCGCAUGAUUAAAAAGAAAUUCUCUUCGUCGGCAGAUAUAAUUUUGUUUUGGAGUAAUAAUUAAUUACGGAACAUUAAUUAUCUCAACAUUAUUCGAAUUUUCGAGCUGAGGAAGAAAGAGCGUAAUAAAAGAAGAUGACGAUAAAAAAAAUUUGCGGGAUGGGCGCCGGAUACGUCGGUGGUCCAACAUGCAGCGUGAUCGCCCUGAAAUGUCCCGAAAUACGAGUAACCGUCGUUGAUAAGAGUAAAGAACGAAUAGCACAAUGGAACUCUGAUAAGUUACCAAUUUAUGAGCCAGGAUUAGAUGACGUGGUGCGUAAAUGUCGCGGCGAAAAUUUAUUCUUUUCUACCGAUAUCGAAACCGCCAUUAUGGAAGCUGAUUUAAUAUUUAUCUCGGUAAAUACACCGACAAAAAUGUUCGGCAAUGGAAAGGGAAGAGCGGCAGAUUUGAAAUACGUCGAGAGUGCUGCUAGAAUGAUCGCAGAAAUUGCAACUAGUGAUAAAAUUGUUGUCGAAAAGAGCACAGUACCUGUAAGAGCUGCCGAGAGUAUCAUGAACAUCCUUCGUGCUAAUCACAAACCAGGUGUUUCGUAUCAGAUUUUGUCGAAUCCAGAAUUUUUAGCAGAAGGAACUGCUAUCGAAGAUUUGGUAAAUGCUGAUCGUGUAUUGAUCGGUGGUGAAGAUUCACCAGAAGGACAAGCAGCUAUCGAGGAAUUGUGUAAAGUCUAUGAGCAUUGGAUACCAAGAGAGAAUAUUUUAACUACCAAUACUUGGAGCUCGGAAUUAUCAAAGCUGGCAGCCAAUGCUUUUCUGGCACAGCGCAUAUCGAGCAUAAAUUCUCUGUCGGCGGUGUGCGAGGCCACGGGUGCUGAUGUGUCGGAGGUGGCACGAGCCGUUGGUCUUGAUUCUAGGAUAGGCUCCAAAUUUCUUCAUGCGUCGGUCGGCUUUGGUGGAUCGUGUUUUCAAAAGGACAUUCUAAAUUUGGUGUACAUUUGUGAAUGUCUUAAUUUGCCAGAAGUUGCUGCUUAUUGGCAACAAGUCAUAGACAUGAACGAGUACCAAAAGUCACGAUUCUCUGCAAAAGUAAUCGAAUCGUUAUUUAAUACUGUCACGGAUAAACGGAUCGCCAUGUUAGGUUUUGCUUUCAAAAAAAAUACCGGUGAUACUCGUGAGUCACCGGCCAUUCACGUUGCCAAGACUCUACUCGACGAAGGUGCCGUCUUACACAUCUACGAUCCCAAGGUAGAAGAAAUACAGAUUAUAGAGGAUUUGACUCAUCCGAGUGUAACGACUAAUCCGAAACGAGUUAAAGAUCGUAUCAGUAUUUACAAGGACGCUUAUACCGCUACCAAAGAUACUCAUGCAAUCGUUUUGUGCACGGAAUGGGACGAGUUUAUGGAACUCGAUUACAAAAGAAUUUAUACCGACAUGAUGAAGCCAGCUUAUAUCUUUGAUGGAAGGAAGAUCCUCGAUCACGACGCAUUGCAGAGAAUAGGAUUUAUUGUGCAAACCAUCGGAAAGAAACUCACGAGAACCGCGAUUUCGAGAGUGUGGGGAAGUCAAACACAAAUGUAAAAAAAGAAAAUAAUUCGUACAUGUGCUAGCUUGAAGCAAUAUGUUCGACUUGAAAUAAGAUCAAAUUAAAAAUGAAACGAAAAGAAGUCCAAAAGAACCAUAGCGAUUGAAUGAUUACGUAUUGGCUGUGGCGCCUACACGAAGGCAGACAAAGUGAUAAAACUUUUUAUCAGGCUCCAUCGUAUCAGAGUUACUUUGGAAAUCGGCAUAUCAUGUUUCAUAAACUUACUGCAGUAAGUUUAGUCUUCGCCAGAAAAAUUCGUAAUUAGUACGAAUGUAUCGCUGCAAAAGUAUUAGUAAAAAUACUUAAACAAUUUCACGGCACUGAACUUUAUAUUUUCUCAAGCCGUGAGAACAAAGUAUUUUACGAAUCGUUCCGUUGUACUAAAACGUUAUCUUAGUAAGAAUAUCAUCUUCGAACGACAAUGUACAUUUAAAAAAAAAAAAAAAAGAAGUUUAGGAUUAACGUGUCUGAUUUAAAGACAUUCCGAGAAGGACGAAAUUCUUGAAAGACGCGACCAUCGAGCGACGUUGAUGUUAAACGCACUAUUAUUGCAUUUGUUUUCAUAAAGUAAGUCAAUCGUUAUUGAAAGAGUGCAGAAUUAUUUACAAGAUCGAUAUGAAAUGAAUCUCGCGAACGUUUAUUUUUUUAAAAUAUACUGCACUCGAUGCAUUUAUUAAUUCUGGUAUACGUCAUUACGAUUUGAGAUGAAGUAUUCAAGAGAGCUGAAUAGGAUACAACAUUGGAUAAUGGAGCGAAAGUACAAUCAUCGUCUCUACUUACGUUCCUAUAUCGCAAAUGGAUCGAAAAUGUUUCGUUCGCUGCGGCUUACAAAUGAUAAUCUAUUCGAAGACCACGGUUAUCACUACUUAGUAUUUUAAUAAAGUUAUUCAAUGAUUCCAUUUGUCUUUGCGUCCUCCGUAACUGUGGGAUCAGAAUUAUUCAUUUGAUUUUACAUCUCUAUUUCCUCUCUUCAAUUUAAACGACACUUUGUAUACACUUUUUACAACGGUGUAAAGCAUCGAUAGCAAUAAAUAUACGAUUAUUGUUACGUA